UCCUUCAAACAACCGAAUAUCUGGGAGCCAUUCAAAUAACUAGUGGCGUUAACCAUCAGUUCAUCACAAAGAUUCUUCCUUCUACAUUUCAAAUCUUCUCAUAUCAACCCUUAUCUGGAAAACGAUUUCGUAAAAACCCUCCAAGGUUGUAUAAUCGUAGGAUGGUUCCAUGAUGUUAGUGGUAAAUCCUCCGGGAAAAAUCAACCAAACCCAGACAUUUCUGGGCAGCUCCAUCCUUCUUAGUAAACUGCCUUGUGUUUCAAAACCUGCAAUUCACCAUAUCUUACCGGGGAUUCACUGUAACAAUUUACUUCAUAUUCAUAACUCGUUGCCUUCAUGGAAAGAUUCCAGUAAGCUUUCAACCUAUCUUGUAUCGCAUCGGGUUGCCCCGAAGAGAUGGCUGUGUCAAUCACAUGGUUCUGCUUCAUCCGAUGAUGAGUAUCGGUCGUCGCGGAAUAUAGCGAUCAGCUUGUUUAGGCUAUACAGGAAUGCCAUCGAACGUGGAGGAGGUGACAACCUAAAAGAGUUCAUUAGUGCCGGGGUCAAUGCAUAUGCAUUGGGCUGCACUGAUGAAGGAUUGGGGAAAGAACUUAUCGCCAUGAAGGAAUCCGACAUCGAAAUCGUAUUAAUGCAUAGUUAUGGUGGAAGGACCAGUCUGAAAUCCAGGAUUUGUGCAGAGGAGGUUAAUGAGUGUAUUUUAUGGCUGAGCAUUAUAUUCAUCACUAUAUUGUGCACACCACAACCAACUAUAGUCCGAUGUUCGUCUACACCGCCGGUUUCCGAUGAUGUCCUGCAUCAGUGGAAAGGCUUUUGCGCUCUCAUAGCAAAUGCAUAUUUUAUAAGAGGAAUGGCGUGGCUUCCGGUGAAAACACUCCAGCUUAAGCAAAUGGCGGUGAUUGGACGUGCAGAGGAGCCGUCGGUUGUUGCUAGCCGAAUGCGGUUAGUUUUUAGCACACUCGAGUGGCUGUUGCAGGUGGUUAGUCCACAGUGGCCAAGAGCGUAACAAAUUAUUCAACGAUGAGGAGAUCCGAUUUUCUGAGGAUCAUACGUCGGAGCAUCGGUUCCUUUGUAUAUGUAGGAACAUAAACAACACAUUGUUUCUGCAGAAUUGCCUGUAUAAUCUUGUGUUUAUAAUAACAUUAUAUAUUUGAAUUUC